AUGAUUACGAAAUCGUGCCACGUGGUUCUUUUAUUCGUUCAUAGACAAGAUCCAUGUUUAGCUUGCGGUACGGUUUUUCCAUUAAUUCCUUCCUUCCAUCAUUCAUUCAUUCUUUUCUCACUUCCCUCCUUCCUCCCUCCCUUCCUUCCUUCCUUCCUUCAUUCUUUUCUUCCUUCAUUCUUUCAUUUAAUCAUUCAUUCUUUUCUUCCUUCAUUCCUUCCUUCAUUUAUUCAUUCAUUCUUUCCUUCCUCACUUCCUUCCUCCCUUCAUUCCUUCCUUCCUUCAUUCUUUUCCUUCCAUUCAUUCAUUCUUUUCUUCCUUCCUUCCUUCCUUCAUUAUUCUUUCAUUCUUUUCUUCCUCCUUCAUUCUUUUCAUUUAUUCAUUCAUUCUUUUCUUCCUUCAUUCCUUCAUUCAUUUCUUUUUCAUUUAUUCUUCCUUCAUUCUUUUUUCUUCCUUCAUUCUUUCAUUUAUUCAUUCAUUCCUUCAUUACUUUCUUCAUUUAUUCAUUCAUUCUUUUUCCUUCCUUCCUUCCUUCCUUCCUUCCUUCUUCAUUUUUUUUCAUUUAUUCAUUCAUUCUUUUCUUCCUUCAUUCCUUCCUUCAUUUAUUCAUUCAUUCUUUUCUCACUUCCCUCCUUCCUCCUUCCUUCCUUCCUUCUUUCCUUCCUUCCUUCCUUCAUUCUUUCAUUUAUUCAGUCAUUUCUUCCUUCAUUCUUUUCAUUUAUUCCUUCAUUCUUUUUCACUUCCCUCCUUCCUCCCUUCCUUCCUUCCUUCAUUCUUUCUUUUCUUCCUUCAUUCAUUUAUUCAUUCAUUCUUUUCUUUUAUUCCUUCAUUCUUCAUUUUUUCAUUUUUUUCUCACUUCCUUCCUCCCUUCCUUCCUUCCUUUCUUUCUUUUCUUCCUUCAUUUUCAUUUAUUCAUUCAUUCUUUUCUUCCUUCAUUCCUUCCUUCAUUUAUUCAUUCAUUCUUUUUUUUUCUUCCUCCUCCUUCCUCCCUUCCUUCCUUCCUUCCUUCCUUCAUUCUUUCUUCCUUCAUUCUUUCAUUUAUUCAUUCAUUCUUCAUUCCUUCCUUCAUUUAUUCAUCUUUUCCUUCCUUCUUCCUUCCUUCCUUUUUCUUUUAUUCUUUCAUUUCAUUCAUUCAUUCUUUUCUUCUUCAUUCUUUCUUCAUUUAUUCAUUCAUUCUUUUCUCCUUCCCUCCUUCCCCCCCUUCCUUCCUCCUUCAUUCCUUCCUUCCUUCAUUUUUUUCUUCCUUCAUUCUUUCAUUUAUUCAUUCAUUCUUUUCUUCCUUCAUUCCUUCAUUUAUUCAUUCAUUUAUUCAUUCAUUCUUUUCUUCUUCCUUCCUUCCUUCCUUUCAUUUAUUCAUUCUUCCUUCCUUCAUUCCUUCCUUCAUUUAUUCAUUCCUCAUUUUUCAUUCCUUCCUUCCUUCAUUCUUUUCUUCCUUCAUUUCUUUUCUUCCUUCAUUCUUUCAUUUAUUCAUUCAUUCUUUUCUUUCAUUCCCUUCCUUCCAUUUAUUCAUUCAUUCUUUUUCCUUCCUUCCCUUCCUUUCUUUCCUUCUUUCUUUUUCCUUCCUUCUUUCAUUUAUUUCAUUUAUUCAUUCAUUCCUUCAUUCAUUUUUUCAUUUCUUUUCUUCCAUUCAUCCCUUCCUUCAUUCAUUCUUUUCUCACUUCCCUCCUUCUUUCAUUUAUUCAUUCAUUCUUUUCUUCCUUCGUUCCUUCCCUCCUUCAUUUAUUCAUUCAUUCUUUUCUCACUUCACUCCUUCCUUCCUUCCUUCCUUCCUUCAUUCAUUCAUUCAUUUCUUCCUUCAUUCUUCAUUUAUUUUAUUCUUUUUCAUUCAUUCUCCUCCCUUCCUUUUCCUUCCUUCUUUUCUUCCUUCAUUCUUUCAUUUAUUCAUUCAUUCUUUUUUCUUCAUUACUUUCUUCAUUUAUUCAUUCCUUCCUUCCUUCCUUCCUUCUUUUUCCUUCCUUCAUUCAUUUUUUAUUUUAUUCAUUCAUUCUUUUCUUCUUUUCUUCCUUCAUUCCUUCCUUCAUUUAUUCAUUCAUUCUUUUCUCACUUCCCUCCUUCCUCACUUCCUUCCUCCCUUCAUUCCUUCCUUCCUUCAUUCUUUUCUUCCUUCAUUCUUUCAUUUAUUCAUUCAUUCUUUUCUUCCUUCAUUCCUUCCUUCAUUUAUUCUUUCAUUCUUUUCUCACUUCCCUCCUUCCUCCCUUCCUUCCUUCCUUCCUUCAUUCUUUCAUUUAUUUCCUUUUCCUUCCUUUUCUUCAUUUAUUCAUUUUUUCUUUCUUCCUUUAUUCAUUCAUUCUUCUUUUCUUCCUUCAUUCUUUCAUUUAUUCAUUCAUUCUUUUUAUUCAUUCAUUCAUUUAUUUUUUCACUUCCCUCCCUCCUUCCUCCCUUCCUUCCUUCCUUCCUUCCUUCAUUCUUUUUUCUUCCUUCAUUCUUUCAUUUUUCAUUCAUUCUUUUCUUCUUCAUUCCUUCCUUCAUUUAUUCAUUCAUUCUUUUUAUUUCCUCCUUCAUUCCUUUUCCUUCCUUCUUCCUUCAUUCUUUCAUUUAUUCAUUCAUUCUUUUCUUCCUUCAUUCCUUCCUUCAUUUAUUCAUUCAUUCUUUUCUCACUUCCCUCCUUCCCCCUUCCUUUCCUUCCUUCUUUUCUUCCUUCAUUCUUUCAUUUAUUCAUUCAUUCUUUUCUUCCUUCAUUCCUUCCUUCAUUUAUUCAUUCAUUCUUUUCUCACUUCCCUCCCUCCUUCCUCCUUCCUUCCUUCCUUCCUUCCUUCAUUCUUUUCUUCCUUCAUUCUUUCAUUUAUUCAUUCAUUUUUUUUCUUCCUUCAUUUCCUUCCUUCAUUUAUUCAUUCAUUCUUUUUCUUCCCUCCUUCCCUUCCUUCCUUCCUUCCUUCCUUCAUUCUUUUCUUCCUUCAUUCUUUCAUUUAUUCAUUUUCUUUUUCCUUCCUUCCUUCCUUCUUUCAUUUAUUCAUUCAUUCUUUUUACUUCCUCCUUUCCCUUCAUUCUUUCAUUAAUUCUUUCUUCUUCCCUUCUUUCAUUUAUUCAAUUCUUUUUUUUCUUUCAUUCUUUCCCUUCAUUCAAUCUUUUCUUCAUUCAUUCUUUUCAUUCAUUCUUUUCUCACUUCCUCCUUCUUUCAUUUAUUCAUUCCUUUUCUUCCUUCGUUCCUUCCCCUCCUUCUUUUAUUCAUUCAUUCUUUUCUCACUUCUUCCUUCCUUCCUUCCUUUUCGUUUAUUCAUUCAUUCAUUUUUUCUUCCUUCGUUCUUUUCCUUCAUUUAUUCAUUCAUUUUUUUCUCAAUUCCUUCCUUUCCUUCCUUCCUUCCUUCCUUCCUUCCUUCCAUUUUUUAUUCAUUCUUUCCCUUCUUCCUUUUCAUUUAUUCAAUUUAUUCAUUCAUUCAUUCCAUUCAUUUCUUUUUUCAUUUUUUCUUCAUUUUCAUUCUUUUUCCUUCCUUCUUUUAUUCAUUCAUUCAUUCCUCCUUCUUUCGUUUAUUCCAUUCUUUUCUUCCUUCCUUUCCUUCAUUUAUUCAUUCAUUCUUUUUCUUCCUUCCUUCCUUCCUUCCUUCCUUCAUUCAUUCUUUUUUUUCAUUUAUUCAUUCAUUCAUUCAUUCAUUCAUUCUCUUCCUUCAUUCUUUCCUUCCUUCAUUUAUUCAUUCAUUCAUUCUUUUCUUCCUUCCUUCCUCCCUUCCUUCAUUUAUUCAUUCGUUUCUUCCUUCUUUCCUUCCUUCAUUCAUUCAUUUUUUCUUCUUUCAUUCCUUUCUUCAUUCAUUCAUUUCUUCCUUCCUUCAUUUCUUCAUUCAUUCAUUCUUUUCUUUCUUCCUUCCUUCAUUUAUUCAUUCAUUCUUUCAUUCUUUUCUUCCUUCGUUCCUUCCUUUCUUCAUUCAUUCAUUCAUUCUUUUCUUCCUUCAUUCAUUCAUUCAUUCAUUCUUUUCUUCCUUCCUUCAUUCAUUCAUUCAUUCUUUUCUUCCUUCAUUCCUUCAUUCAUUCCUUCGCUUUUUAAAACAAUACCCAUAG